AUGGCAGCAGAAAGCCUGGAGACAGAUGGUCCCAGAUCAUCCAUGCCGCCAGAGCUCCACCAUCCCCACUCUGAGUAUUCUCAGUGGAAGUUCAAACUCUUCAGGGUGAAGUCCAUGGAGAAAGCCCCUCUGCCCAGUGAAACACGGCCUGAGACUUCACCUACGGCAGCUCCAAAUAUAGAAAUAGAUCAUGCUGCAGGUCCAGGGAGUGUUAUGAAAUUAUGCCUAGGAGGGAAAAGCAAGGAAAAUGUGGAGGGCCCUGGCAGGAGAGUAGAUGUGAAGCUACAGGAGAUGGAAACCCACAUGGACCACCUCAGGGGUUUGUGUCGUGUCUGUGGAAUGGUUCUGAGGAAAGUCAAAGGACCAGUGCACGAUGUUCAUGGAGAUCUGGAUGAGGUGAGCAAGUGUGCCUUGCGUAAAAUGGGCUGCAAGUUCCCAAGCUGGCCAGAAGUCAUCCUUAAAGUCUUCAAAGUGGACGUGACAGAGGACACAGAAUCUGUCCACCCCCUUUCCUUCUGCCACCGCUGCUGGAUGGUUGCCAUUCGAGGUGGGGGGGUCUGCAGCUUCACCAGAACAAGAGUGCCUGAGUGGAAACCUCACUCUUCCCUGUGCCACCUCUGCUACCCCAAAAAAACAUCAUUCCAGAGGACUGGAAGGAAGAGGAGGAAAGUCCUUCCAAGAGCACAGAGCCUGGCAAAAAGGACCAGAUGGGACUGCGACGCCAUCGCUGUUGGUGAGAGGAGAGUUCUGAGACCAUUUGGAGACCGUCAUGGUCCUGCUCUCAGGGCCUGGAAGAAGUUCAGCAUCCAGAGAGAGCAGUGGGUGAGGAACAUUACACGCUGCCAGAAAGAUCACCUGAGCACCAAGCUGCUCUCUGAGAAGCUCCCUGUGGACUUUGUUGCAUCGUUCACCUGCCUAGUGUGUGACCACCUGCUCUCUGAUCCAGUUCAGUCCACCUGUGGGCACCUCUUCUGCCGUGGCUGCAUUGUAAAAUUUACCCACGUUCUAGGACCUCACUGCCCUGCCUGCAACUCGCCCUGUACACCCGAUAAUCUCACCUCACCUGCCAAAGUCUUUUCAUCUGCCCUCCAUUCCCUACCUCUGCUCUGCCCCAGUGAGGGAUGUCGUGAGCAAGUGAGGCUGGACUCAUUUAAGGCUCACUGUCUGAGCCACGAGCUGAAGGAAAAUGAAAACCUGAGUCUGUCAGAACUUGAUAACUUCCUACUAACCAAUAAAGGGGGAAGACCUCGCCAGCACUUGCUCUCGCUAACCCGUCGUGCCCAGAAGCAUCGACUGAGGGAUCUGAAGAACCAGGUGAAGGUGUUUGCAGACAAAGAGGAAGGUGGUGAUCUGAAGUCUGUGUGUUUGACGCUGUUUCUGCUUGCACUGAGAUCUGGGAAUGAACACCGUCAGGCAGAUGAGCUAGAGGCCAUGAUGCAAGGCAGAGGCUUUGGGUUGAGUCCUGCUGUGUGCCUGGCCAUUCGGGUCAACACAUUCCUGAGCUGCAGUCAAUAUCAUAAGAUGUAUCGGACUGUCAAAGCCACAAGUGGCCGCCAGAUCUUUCAGCCCUUGCACACUCUUCGAGCUGCAGAGAAGGAGCUUCUCCCUGGUUUUCACCAGUUUGAAUGGCAGCCAGCUCUCAAAAACGUGUCCCCAUCCUAUAAUGUUGGCAUUAUUAAUGGGCUCUCUGGAUGGUCUUCCUCAGUGGAUGACGUCCCAGCUGACACUAUCACUCGGCGCUUUCGGUACGAUGUGGCACUUGUGUCUGCCUUAAAGGAUCUGGAGGAGGACAUCAUGGAGGGGCUGAGGGAGAGUGGGAUGGAAGACAGUGCCUGCACAUCAGGUUUUAGUGUCAUGAUCAAGGAAUGUUGCGAUGGCAUGGGUGAUGUCAGCGAGAAGCAUGGCGGGGGACCAGUUGUUCCUGAGAAGGCUGUUCGUUUUUCUUUCACUGUUAUGUCUGUCUCUGUCCUGGCAGACGAUGAGGAGGAGGAGGUUACCAUUUUUACCGAGCCAAAGCCAAAUUCAGAACUGUCCUGUAAGCCUCUGUGCCUGAUGUUUGUGGAUGAGUCAGACCAUGAGACACUCACAGCUGUCCUGGGGCCUAUAGUUGCAGAACGUAAUGCAAUGAAAGAAAGCAGACUUAUCCUGUCCAUGGGUGGUCUGCCUCGAUCCUUUCGCUUCCACUUCAGGGGCACGGGAUAUGAUGAGAAGAUGGUGCGUGAGAUGGAGGGGCUGGAGGCCUCUGGGUCCACGUACGUCUGCACUCUAUGUGACUCCAGUCGUGCAGAGGCCUCUCAAAACAUGGUGCUGCACUCCAUCACCCGCAGUCACGAAGAGAACCUAGAACGCUAUGAAAUAUGGAGAACCAACCCCUUUUCUGAGUCAGUAGAUGAGCUGCGUGAUAGAGUCAAAGGUGUGUCUGCAAAGCCCUUCUUGGAGACGCAGCCAACGCUAGAUGCAUUGCACUGUGACAUCGGCAAUGCUACUGAAUUCUACAAGAUCUUCCAGGAUGAGAUCGGAGAGGUGUAUAAAAAGGCCAACCCCAGCCGGGAGGAACGGCGCAGCUGGAGGGCGGCCUUAGAUAAACAGCUGAGGAAGCAGAUGAAGCUUAAACCAGUAAUGAGGAUGAAUGGGAACUACGCCCGCAGACUAAUGACCCAGGAGGCUGUGGACGUGGUGUGUGAGCUGGUGCCCUCAGAAGAGAGAAGAGAGGCCCUGAGGGAGCUUAUCAAACUCUACCUCCAAAUGAAACCUGUGUGGCGUGCCACCUGCCCAGCCAAGGAAUGCCCUGACCAGCUAUGCCGCUACAGUUUUAACUCUCAGCGCUUUGCUGACCUCCUCUCCACUACCUUCAAAUAUAGGUACAAUGGAAAGAUAACAAAUUAUCUGCACAAGACCCUAGCCCACGUACCUGAAAUUAUAGAGAGAGACGGAUCCAUAGGAGCCUGGGCCAGCGAGGGGAACGAGUCAGCAAACAAGCUCUUCAGGCGUUUUCGCAAGAUGAAUGCACGCCAGUCUAAGACCUUUGAACUGGAGGACGUGCUGAAACACCACUGGCUGUACACGUCCAAGUACUUGCAGAAGUUUAUGGAAGCUCACAAGGACUCUGCAAAGGCUCUACAGGCUACCAUUGACCCAGUAGAGAUCCAGGAUGAUGAUGAAAUGUCUUUGGAAGUUCCUGAUUUUUGA